CAAACGCGUUCCAAAUGAAACUAGUAAAAUAUUAAGGCCCAAAAUGACAAACCCAGUUUAGUACCUGUCCGCUCCCCAAGUCCCUAACCAAAGUAAAGCCAAGCUCUCCAAGUUCGCGCAGAACGGCAGAAGGCUAGCCAUACAACGCACGACAGUAAACGCCAUUGAGGGAAGCCCGGAGCCGCGGACGACUUUUAUCAUUUGACCGCUAGACUUGUCGAUCAAGGCUUAGAUAGGGAAAAUAUGGCGUGGCGGUGGCGUAAAAGUGGCGCCAUCACAUGCAUGAUGGUCUCCGUUGCCGCCGAAGGGGCCUUCAAACGCCAAUGGAGAAAUAUGACCAGUGCAAUACUCGCCAUUGAUAACUCUGUCGUAAAGGUUGCCAAUGCCAAUUAUGUAAGCUUCAAAGCACCCUUCUUUGCUAGAACUUUUGCUUCAAAGCCAUCUGAACCAUCAUCUGGACAAAAGCAAUCAGAGGGCAGGAAAGAGGUAUCUAAUUUUGAUGAUCCAUUUGAUGCUCCCACAUACAAUAUCCCGGAGAAACCAAUAACAUUUACAGAGGGAGCUUCCUACAGUGUUGCCAUUCUUGCUGGGUUAGGAGUUGCUUCAGCAGCUGGAUAUGCUGUGUUCAAGGAACUUAUUUUUCAACCAAAAGAGUACAAAAUAUAUGGGAAGGCCCUCGACAGGAUUCAAAAUGACAGCCAGGUUAGGGUGAGAAUUGGAUCCCCUAUUACGGGUUAUGGAUCAGAAAGUAGAAACCGUGCAGCCCGUCAACGCAUACCAAACAGGAUAUGGACUGACGAAGAUGGGAUUGAACAUGUUGAGGUGAAUUUUUAUAUCCGGGGACCACACGGGGCUGGCAAAGUGUUUGCAGAGAUGUUCCAAGACAAAGUGGAGAAGCAGUGGAAGUUUACUUAUUUGGUUGUAGAGAUCAGCUCACCUACCCGGACACAACUGAUGCUAGAGUCUUAUGUCCCUGCUUAAUCGAUCCUCCUAAAAAAGACUCUCCCUCCCACAAUAGUUUGGUUGAGGAAACAAAUUUGAGGCUCAUUGUUUUUCCUUCGUUUGAAUUAGAUCUCAAGCCAUAUGUUCUAAAUUUUCUCAAUCUACGUGCCAGUUAAAGUUGACAAACAAUUGUGGGAGGGAGGUAGUCUUCUUUUACUUUUCUGGAGUUGAACACAGAUAGGUUCUUGAAUGAGCACGCAUGUUUGGC